AUGAUGAACUUCUUCUCGAAGAGUCAGCCACAGGCUCGUGAUCAACAAGAUAGACCGACGUCGACGACCAACGGGUUCUUCCCGAGCUUUACCACGCAUACAGCCACACCGACAACAGCUUUGAGUGAGAAUUCGUAUGCCAUGGGUACUACGGGGUUGCAUUCAGGUAGCCAGGAGGAUGUGUUAACUCAUAUGAAGGCUAUGAAUCGGCAGGAUUCUUAUUAUCAAGGGCAUUACCGUGAGGGUCAACAGCUGCACCAGCACGGGCACCAGCACCAGGAGUACCAGCGUCAGCGUCAGUUUAGUCAGCCUGAGCUGCAAACGUUUUCGCAGUCAACAGCUGUUUCUGUACAUACAUCCCCUGUAUCACAAAUACAGUCCCCUUCUUCCAAGGCCCCGUCUGCUCCUGUCACUACCUCAGAGCUAACUGAUACCGCAGCCCCCGAAACAGGCAUUCCUCGUGGGAAAUUAAAAGUUACGAUUAUUCAGGCGAGGGGCUUGUUGACAUGUUCUGACCAAACUCAGCCAUAUGUGGUGUGCACAUACGAGAGCUCUGAGUUUAUUUCGAAUGGUCCCGAGUCGAUGGACAACAGGCCCAUUUCGAAUAACUCCGGUAGCGCUAACAUGAUGCCAUCGAUAAAUGAGAAGAAUAUCAGAACGCUAUACACUAGACAGUCAUCUUCCCAGCUAGAUAAAUUGGCUGCUCGUCACAGUAUGAAUACAACAGCCUCUAACCCCGUAUGGCACCAUGAAACAACAUUUGAUGUGCUAGGAGCACACUCUGAACUGGAUAUCUCUGUUUAUGAUGCUGUACACGACGACAUGUUCCUGGGUCAAGUUCGACUACGCCCCAAUACUCAUUCGUCGCACGCAACACACAACCAAUGGUCCAAGCUACAAAGUCGCACAGUGGGCGAAAGUGUUUCAGGUGAAAUACUGGUUAAGUGGGAGUAUUCUCAUACUAAGAAGAGGCAUUGUGGUCCACAAGAUUUUGAAGUUUUACGGUUACUAGGUAAAGGCACUUUUGGUCAAGUUUACCAGGUUAGGAAGAAGGAUACUAAAAGGAUUUAUGCCAUGAAGGUCUUAUCCAAAAAGGUCAUUAUUAAAAAGAAUGAAAUAGCACAUACAAUUGGUGAAAGAAAUAUUCUUGUACGCACAGCUUCCAAAUCUUGUCCCUUUAUUGUGGGUUUAAAAUUCUCCUUCCAAACCCCUGCAGACCUAUAUUUAGUCACCGACUUUAUGGGCGGCGGCGAAUUAUUUUGGCACUUGCAAAAAGAAGGAAGGUUUACCGAGGAUCGUGCAAAGUUCUACAUUGCAGAGCUAGUUCUAGCUUUAGAAUAUUUGCACGAUAAUGAUAUAGUCUACAGAGAUUUGAAACCAGAAAAUAUUCUAUUAGAUGCCAAUGGAAACAUAGCACUCUGCGAUUUUGGCCUCUCUAAAGCUGAUCUCAAGGAUCGCACUAAUACAUUUUGUGGAACAACGGAGUAUUUGGCCCCUGAACUAUUGCUAGAUGAAACAGGUUACACAAAAAUGGUCGACUUUUGGUCUUUGGGCGUGCUGAUAUUCGAAAUGUGCUGUGGAUGGUCCCCGUUCUUUGCUGAUGACAACCAGAAAAUGUAUCAAAAGAUCGCUUUUGGAAAGGUUAAAUUUCCUCGUGAUGUCUUGUCUCCGGAAGGAAGAUCAUUCGUUAAAGGGUUGUUGAAUAGAAACCCGAAACACAGGCUGGGUGCCAUAGACGACGGCAGGGAACUUAAAGCCCAUCCAUUCUUUAACGAUAUAGACUUGGAGGCAUUGGGACAAAAGAAGAUCCCACCUCCCUUCAAACCUCACCUCACAUCGGAAAUAGACACUUCCAACUUUGAUCCAGAAUUCACCCAAACGUCAACAUCCUUCAUGAAUAAACAACCCAUCGCAGCCACCCCUCUAUCGCCGGCUAUGCAGGCAAAAUUCGCAGGUUUCACGUUCGUCGACGAGUCGACCAUCGAAGAACACAACAACACAGCCUAUAACAGUCGCAAGUUUUUGCAAAACUCCUACUUUAUGGAACCUGGCUCGUUCAUCCCAGGUAACCCAAAUAUGCCUCCCGAUGAGGACGUCAUCGACGAUGGGGACGACGAAACCAUGGAUAUGAUCGACAAAAAUAACAACGACAACAUGCAAUCAGUCUACAACGAUCACCACAUGGAUGACGAUUUUGUGAGCGGUCGCUUCGAAAUCUGA